AUGCCAACGUGUGCUUUUGGGUCACUUGGUCUAGUGAAAGCGGCCCAUCCCGGAAUGAUUGUCUUUGGAGCCGACACUUGCUGGUGGGUGUGUUGACAGCGCGAGGUACACUUUGCACUGAAGACUGAGCGAUGGGCCCCCACGAGCAGGCCGUUCUUGUCGCUUGGUCGCUCCGACGACCUCGGUCCUAGCAGGACGCGCCUCUACCGUGUGGCUAUCAUGUUACCGUGCAAGUGA